AUAAUUCUUCAAUAAUCGGUAUCUUCAUGGUGAUCAUCAAAUUUUGGGCUAUCGUUUGUUUCUUCAACGCAACCCACGGUCUGAAACAGUGGCUGCAAUACCCCAUAGUAUCAUCACCCUUCGUUUAUGAUGUUCACCAAAAACUUUCGAGUCAGGUAUUAAAAACAGAUAAUGAUAAAGAAUCAGCUGAAGUAUUGACUAAAGAAAACUACUUCACUAGGCUGACUCCUGUAGAAAAUGCAGGUAGUAAGGAAGAAACCAAACCAACAAUAACCGAUAUCACAUAUAACUAUAGUAAUUUUGUUUUAACGACAGCGAUAAACUUAUUUCGUAAGAAAAUGUUGAUUCCAAAUUUAAAUAUAACACAAGAAGAUAAUACCACUGACUACACUAAGAAAACUAUACGUGAGACUAAAUUUGCUAAGAAGCACCACCGAGUUACUGAGCGCUAUCAAAAAUCAGAAGAUUUUUUUCAGGAUAAGGAUUUUACAAGAAGCCAAUCAGAUUCACGAGAUACAAGUACCGAGGAAAAUCAUUACAGGGUGCACACUCCCGCUCGACGCAUCUUCCGCGGGCACAAAACGAAGAUCAAGCACUUGCCUUUUUUGGUGACCGUUCACGUCCUUGGCCGGUUUGUGUGUGGCGGCACAAUCAUCAAAUCGGACCUGGUCAUAACCGCCGCCCAUUGUUUGAAAAGGUGGCAAGAAUGGGUACGUCGCUCCAGCACUACACCAGACACAACGCCCUAUGAGACCACCACCGAUGAGACCACGACCGAUACAAUCACAACGGAUGCAAGCCCCGAAGAAUCAGACGAAAGCUUGAGUUACGAAACUUAUCAACCGACGACAGUCGUAACGGAAACAAUAAUGACUACCUCCGGAGAAUCAGGCAAAACCUUAAGUUACGAAACUUAUCCACCGACGACAUUCAUCACGGAAACAAUAAUGACUAGCUCCGAAGAAUCAGGCAAAAGCUCGAGUUACGAAACUUAUCCACCGAAGACGGUCGUCACGGUAGAAACCUCUACACUUCCGACUUUCGGUGUCCUCUCUGUUCGCAUUGGCACCAACUAUUACAGAUUAGGGGGGAAGGUGGUCCAGGUCAUAAAUGUUUACUUUCACCCUUCAUACGAUGAGAAAAACUUGCAAGACAACCUGGUCAUCAUGAGACUGGAGAGACACCUCAGCUUUAAACGAAGGAGAGUACGCAAGCUAGAUAUCAGUACAGACGCGUCUGAUGUGCCAAAGGGUACUGAAGUCACUAUUGCUGGUUGGGGAGCUAAGACUUACCAUAACAAAAUCUUUAACGCUUUAUGGAAUUUGAUCCACAAGGCUGUCUUGACAGUCAGUUCUCGGGAUGAGUGCGUAGAUACAUAUACUGAGAACUUCGUGACAACAACGAAUUUUUGUGCGCUCAGUGAACAUCACGAGGGAGCAUGCAAUGGCGAUGCCGGUAACCCUGCAGUGGUGAAUGGGCUGCUAGUGGGUGUUGUCAGUUUCGGCCCCCCUAACUGCGGGCAAUGGGACGCACCCACAGUCUUCACCAACGUUGGCUACUACGCAGACUGGAUUGAAGAGAUCAUGAGCAUGGACCUGGUAUUGAACAUCUGUCAAAAAUGUUAG